AUGCCGAAAAGAUUGGCUAUAGUUGGUGCAGGUCCAGGUGGUCUUGCUACGGCAAGAGUGUUUCUUGCCAAUUUUCCUGGAAUUAAAAUUAAUCUAUUCGAGUCUGACUAUAGUGUAGGUGGCAUAUGGCAUUACCCAGAGGCCGAUAAUGAUCACAGGGUGAUGUAUGACCAUUUGGAGACAAACAUUACGAAAUACCUGAUGAGAUUUAGCGGCUUCCCAUUCCCAGAUGACGUCCCCCUGUAUCCAUGGAGACAGAAUGUGUACGACUAUUUGAUAAGCUAUUAUGAAAAGUUUAUUAAACCGAGCCAGAACUUCAAUGUUCAUUUGAAUUCACGGGUCGUUGAACUGACAAAAGGUGAUAACGAGUGGACUUUGGUCUCUAGAAAUACAGAGACAAACGAAGAAACUACCUUGAAGUUUGAUUUCAUUGUUCUGGCAAAUGGCCAUUUUUCAGUACCAAAUGUUCCAGUUGAUAAAGUGCCGGGUUUGAGUGAAUGGAUCGACCACGGCGCUGCUGUUCAUUCCAAGGUUUUCAAAAAUUGCAAAUUUGCGCGUGAUAAGACCGUUGUGGUCGUUGGAAAUGGCUCUUCUGGUCAAGACAUCGUGAACCAACUUGCUUCCGUUGCCAAAAAAGUAUAUCGUAGCGUUACUGAUGUUAAAAGCGAUUUAAUUCCUGAUGAUUUCCCAACUCCGGAUGUCGUAGAGACAGUUCCGAAAAUUGAGUCAACAGACUAUGCUCGUAGGACGGUUAAAUUGCAAGAUGGUAGAAUUUUGGAGAAUGUCGAUAAUUUGAUUUAUGCGACAGGAUUUUACUACUCUGCACCUUUCCUGCAGGGGAGUAUAAAAGCGCAAUUGGAUCGUCAAACCGAUAAGGAGCAAUCAACGAGAUUUUACAAUCUCUGGAAGCAAAUAAUCUUCGUGAAAGAUCCAACUUUGGCAUUUUCCUUACUGCCUCAAUCAGUGGUCCCAUUUCCAUUGGCAGAAUCUCAGGCGGCUAUUAUGGUUAAGGUAUUCAGUGGCCAAUUGAAAGUUCCUAAUCAAUCUGAUGAUGAAUUAGAGCCCGAGUUCCUUGCGACGCUUCCAAACUAUCACAAUCUUGCUGACCUAAAGGACCUUGACUAUUAUGAUGAACUUCAGAGUAUUUUAGACCAAACGGGCGGUGAAAAGGAUCCGUUUAAGCCUGUGAAAUGGACCGAUAAAGAUAAACUUAAUAGAGAAAAAUGUGUUGAAGACAAAAAAAAACGUAACAUUUACUUAUCAAAGCUUUCGAGCGACUCAAGGGCACAAAAGAUACCAUACAUCUUGAAACAGUUUGAUCUGUAG